GACUUGAUUUUUUUUUUUUUUUUGAGAAAUAUUUGGCUCACUAGAAUUAAGAGUACUAUUAAGAGACACAGAGAUGAUUUGUGCUUUGGAUGAUUUUCUUGAGAUAGACACUCUUGAGAAACUUGGAUCACUUCCAAGCCAAACUAAUGGAGGAGUUCUAUCCUUGAAUGUUGGUGAGCAAGUAAUUGUUGAAGAUGGGGAAGUUGACUUUCAUGAUAGAUGGCCAAGUAUGAAAGAAACCAUUGUACUUAGUUCUCCUGCCAUGGCAUCAUCUAAUUCAACAAAACUUAAGCCUACAUUCUCUUACAUCACAAAGCCUUUGGAGCCAAUUAGCUCUCAAGCACUGCAAAACAGGAUGAAGUCUCUACCAGCUCGGAUGUUGAAGAAAGAGAUAAAUCUCUUGCUAUCUUAUGAAAGGAGAUCAUCAAAUCAGAUCGUCCAUCACUCUCUUUCAAAGGAAAUCAAUGAACUCACUGAGAAGAAAGGAUCCCUAAAGACUAAGAUUGAAAGCUUGAAGAAUGAGCUAGAUUCAGAAAAAUUGAUAAAGUUAGAAAACUCCAAAGUUGUAGCCAUUGAGACAGUUGCUGAAGUGGAGAGAAUGCGACAAGACCUUGAAACUGAGUUUGAAGCCAUAACAAAUGGGGCUUGGGUUGAAAACAACAUGUGAUGUUGUUCAUUUUGUAUUCUUUCUUUUUUAUUAGACUUUGAACAUUCCUUUUCAAAGACUUGUUGAAUUUUUGCUCUAGCCACUUUGUGAAUAAAUAAGAUGCAUUUUCUUCACUUUUGUUGUUCUCUUUGCUUUGCUUUGUUUGCUUGACAUAGACAUUUCUCCCUUUGUUGGAAUACUUGAAAUGAAAUGAACCAUAAUUA